AGCUUUCCAUCAAAAUAAGGGGAUAGUAUUUAAUUGGAGUCUUAUAUCAUUAAGAACAAAGUGAGGAUUAGUUUUACUACUUUUUCGACUCUUAAAAUAUUAAUUUCGAAGUUGGUCGAAAUUUACAAGAAUUCAUUCAUUUUUUGGAAUUUGAAUGGAGAUAUGUUGUAGUAGAGUGCACAUUCUGGAUGGAUCCUACAAAAGAAACUAAAGCAGAAACUGAAGCCAACAAAGUUUUAGAAUAUUAUAAAAAAUAUUCCCAGAAUCCAGAUUUAAUCAAGUACUUCACUGGACCAGAAGCUUCAGUUGCUGAGAAAAAGAUUACAGAUUUUAAUGUUCCAGAUAGUAUUUCCCCAGAAAAACCAAAAUCUGCUGUGAUGUCGGCGAUUGAGGGCGUUCAGGAUAAUGAAAAGCAAAAUUCUGAAGUGACAUGUGAUUCUCCACAAAAUAUGAAUACUUCUACAUCCCUUGAUAUAGAAAUCAAUUUGAUAAGUGAACCAGAACCAGAAGAAAUUGAAGAAAAGAAUGUUUCUCGUUCAAGUAGUGUGGCAUCUAAUAAAAUAGAAUGGGAUAAUGGAGCAGACAUAGGUUAUAAAAAUUCUUACAAGUUUUCCACCAGAAAAAGUGCUUCAUUUCCAAAUUUAUUGACCAAUAACUUAUCUGUUAGUAAUAAUAUUCUUCUAAAAGUUACUCCUGAAAAAUCAGUUACUGAUAAUAUACAAGAAUUGAGAAAAAAGUAUCACCAACUGACAUUUUCUUCUGAAAAUUCAAGUAGUAUAAACAAAGAAAGGAAUGUAUCUUCUAAAAAUUCAAGUGGAGGAAAUAAUGAAACUCCUGAUAGUUCAAGUGGCACAAGUAGAGGAAAUAAUAUAUCUUCUGAAAAUUCAAGUGGCGCAAGUAAAGAAAAUCAUACAUCUUCAAUUUCCAAAGAACCAAGUAUUUCAAGUUCUUCAUCACAUGAAAAUAAGAAAGGUAAAAUGAGUAAAAAAUCUUCCUCAAGUAGUGAUUUCUCCUUAAAAAGGAAAAUUGGUUGUCCUGUUGCAUAUUCAACACCGCAUGAAGAAUCUAGCUCAAAGGAAUCUUUGAAAAGCUUGAAAAAACAUGAUGGUUAUACAGUCACACCAAUGCCUGUAAAAACAAAAAGAAAUUUAAAUAAUAACAAACUUUUUGAUGUAUCUGAAAAACAGAUUGUGGAAGAAUGUCCAUCUCCUGAAAAGAUAAAUACAUCGAAUAUGAAUGAUAUUAGAGAAGAAUUGAAAAAAAAAUCAGAUAAAUUAAUGAAAAAGAUUAAUUUAUGUAUUACCAAACCCAUUUCUGUUGAGUGCAUUUCUCUUGAAGGUAAAAAAAGCAUUAAUAAAAUUGUUCAAACAAGUUUCUCAUCAGAUAAAUCAUCAAAAUGUGUACAAACAGAAAGCUCCAAGUUUGAAAAUGAAGUAUCCCAUCGCUUAAAUCCAUGUAAGGUGCCUACUCAAAAAAUAGAAUAUAUAAAAGCUGUUGAUGAAUCAAAGGAAGAAAUUGUUGAACAUUUAUCUGGCUCUGAUAGGUAUAAAUUACAAGCAUCGGAAUGCCCUAAUUAUUCAAAUGAUAAUUCAAAUUGUUCUAAAGAUAUUGGACGAACAAUUGAAGAUUUCUUGAAAGAACCCAAUUCUAAAUCAACCCAAACUGAUUAUGAAGCUAGUAAAAAAGCUGUUAGAAGUAGGAAAACAAUAUGUAAUAUUAGAGAGUUCAAACAUGAAAAAAUAAAGAAAAUAAAUAAACCAGUGACGAUAUGUCAAGAAAAUAAAUAUAUUGAUAGUACUGAAACCAGUAGUUUGACUACUUCUAGCCACUCUUCAGGUGAAAUAAAAUUAUCAAUUAGGAAUUCUGAAUCAUCUGACUUUGGAGAUAGAGCAGCAACCUCAGCUAAAGAGUUUCCAUCUGAAGAAAUGAUUCUGACAGAGAUGAUAUCAUUAAAUUACUCUAAGAAUUUAAAUACUGAUAUAAAAAGAAGUAUUGAUAUCCUUCAAAAAUUAUUAAAAUCAAAAAAGUAUGAUCAAGCAACAAAAAAACAUUACAUCAAAAAAAUUGUGCAGAAAAUAGUUAAUUCAAGAUACUCUGAUGAUAGUACUAAUUCAGAUUUAUUUAUGCCAAAGAAAACUUCUAGUGAGCAGAAAUUUGUAAAUAAAACUAAAUUUCAACCAAUAAAACAUCAGGGUGCAACCAGAUUAAUGGACAAUUUACCUUGGUAUCCUGCUACCGAGCCAAUAUAUGUGAUGCAUAAAAGUAAAAUGGAAAAACCGGGUUAUAAUACAAUGUCUAAAAUAGAUGACUUGACUAGAAUGAAAAAUACAAAUUUUUUGAAUAGAAACUAUUUGACCAAUUUAGAUGUAAUUAGUAAUCACCCAAUUACGGUACCAAUUGCCAAAGCCCCUAUAACUCCCGAAACAAAAGUGGAUUCAACAAAAUCGCGCUCAUUAUCUCCGAAUGACAUAAUUUUAUCUAAUAAUGGAGUCUUUAACCAGAAUGAAUGCCAAAAUCUCAUAUCAAAACAAAAAAAUUCAAGAAAAAAUGAUGAUAUUACAAAGGAAACUCCAAACUAUUUGACCAAUUUAGAUGUAUAUAGAAAUCCCCCAAUUACAGUACCAAUUGCCAAAGCGCCUAUAACUCCCGAAACAAAAGUGGAUUCAACAAAAUCUUCUUCAUUAUCUCCGAAUGACCUGAUUUUAUCUAAUAAUGGAUUCUUUACCCAGAAUGAAAACCAAAAUCUCAUAUCAAAACAAAAAAAUUCAAGAAAAAAUGAAGAAACCACAAAGGAAAUUCCAAAAAGUGCUUCAAACCCUACAAGUAGAUUAGAAUUCAAUCCUGUUCAAGACAAAGAGUAUCGGCCAAUUUCUUCUGAAGGAAAGAUCGGUACUAAAAAUUGGAGAACUUCUAAAACGAUAUCAGAAAAAAUAUUAGAAAAUAGGGAUCAGAUUGAUUUGAAAGGUCAGGGGGAUUAUUUGUUAAAUGUGGUUAAAAACGAACGUCAUCAUCAGAUCUCAUGGAUCAACAAUGAGAUCGAACACCUCUCAAAACUGAAGGAGUUGUUGGAGAAAAAACCAAAGAAUUCGACACCAGAUUCCCAACUGAAAGAUGUUAUAUCCUCCUUAUUGAAGAUGAAAGUAGAUGACAUGAAAGAUUUACCAAAGAGUUUUGAAGUUUUCAUUUGCCAAUGUUCGGCUACAAAUGGAAGGUGUAAUUGUAAUAAAACAAGAGAGAUUCAAAAUUCACAGAAGAGGUCAGCUUGCCUGACUCCAGGCUAUUACACCAUAGAAACUCAGUUAGAUCCUGAUGGUAAUCUUUUGGAUCUAACGGUUUAUGAUGGUAAUGGUGAGAAAAAAUACAAUUACCAAAGUGAUGGCAUUGUGGAUGAUAUCUCGAUCUGUUCAAAAAAUCAUGGUGCAGAAGUGAAGCUAAAACCUAAAGCAGAUGAAUGCCCUGGUCGACUUGUCUCUGAAAUCAAAAAGGUAUGUCGAGCUUGUGGAAGAUGGUUCAUGCCAAGUGAUUCAGAAGAGUCUAUAUGCUGUGGCUGUACUGAUUUACCUUUAGAACCAGAACGUGUGCCAUCUGAUGACUUGCAGUGCUGCUUCAAAAUCUGCAAAUCUUGUAGAAUGCUAUUUAAACCUUCAAGGGACAAUCAAAAUACGUGCAUAUGCCAGAAUUGUUACAAUGAAGUACCACAACCUGACUGGAAAACUAUUGCACCUUCGAACACCGAAGAGUGUGAAGCUUGUGGAAGAUUAUUUAUUCGACAGGAUUCUGACAUGCAGGGGAUAUGCUUAUGUAAGAGUUGUAGAAAAGAAUUAAUACAAGAAAAACGACAAUCUCCCAGAUUGAAAUCAACCAGAAAAAUAUGUAAAGUAUGCGGUGAAAUAUUCUUGGAAUCUAAAAAAAAUCCCCAACAAAACAUUUGCGAAGAUUGUCUAGAAUGUACUUUACAAAAAGAAUUCAAGUGUACCUGUCAAAGAGUGACUUUUAGUGAACCUGCUGAGUCUAGCAAGUGCAAAUGCGCUACUAGAGAUGAUGCGAGUAAUGCAAAAAUGAAUGAAUGUCCCCGUAAGAAUAUUUCACAAAGACCCUGCAAAGAAUCUAAAGUGCAAGUUUCUGCAAAAGAGUUUUGUCAAAAGUGUGGUAGAGAAUCGAGUCGUUGUGUUUGUGGUCCCAAGUUUGUACCAAAAAAACCAAAAUUGAUCGGUAAAAAUAGGGAAGAUUCGCAUGCUGCGAAGGGUUUUCCUUGUUCUCAUUGUGCUGCUGCUGUACAGGCAAGCAUGCCUUCCAAAACCAAGCCUUCCAAUUGCCUUCCAUGUAGUCCAGAUAAAAAAAAGCAAAUGAAGUCUAGUGAUAGUUCAAGAGCGCAGCGUUCAAUGUUUCGCGAAAAUGAUUUCAAUAGCUGUUCUAAAUCGAGUGUAAGCAAGACUAGUCAAGUGAGAUUUUCAAGUCCUUGUAGUACUAGUUCGCAGUCUUCAAGGGAAUCUAUGAAGCCGCAGAAAUGUCAAAAGAUGACCGAAACAAAGAGUCAACAACAAGCAAAAAAUAAACAUUGCUGCAAAGCAUGUUCGAAAUGUGACGUUUCUUCUACGUCUACACCAUCCCCUAGCCCUAAAACUAGACAGAAGAGGUCUGUCUCAAAAGCAGUACCUUGUCCUAGUGACUGUUCUACUAACAAGGACGUCUCUGAAAUAAGAACGGAAUGUGUGAACAAAAUGCAGUCUAGAAAGAGCUGUCAGUGCUGCACUUGUAUGAAUUGCGGCAGCCAAACAAAGAAGAUUGGCGACAAAAAUGUUCGUUGUCAAUGUUGUAUUUGCGAAAACUGUGGUGUUCAAACUAGCCUAGAUGAAAACGGUAAACAACGGAAAGUAAUGAAUUCCAAGUGGUGCCAACCUAAAAGCCCCGACGCGCAGUCGAAUAAGAAAAAAUCAGCCGAUUCUAAAUCGAACCGUAGUUCAAAGAAAUGCGAUAAGAAAUGUCGCAAAACAGAUGAACUCGAUAAUACAGACGAUUCAAUGCAGAGUAUAUCAUCGGGGAAUAUAAUUUGCAUCACACCGACGAAGUAUAAGAACAUGCAAAAAGGAAAAUCCGAUUCCGAAUGCCAAUGCGCAACACCUAGAAGACGAACCGGCAGUGACCAAAAACUCCAAAUCUGCCCAUCCGUAUUGGAAGCGUUAUGUAAAUCUGUUAAUACAUCCGCCCAACAAGAACGAAAGCGUUCGUUCUGUCAAGCCUCCCCAGGUACGUCUGAUUCGUUUAUAUGUAUCCGGAUUCCUCAAGGGAUUCAAUGCUCAGACAAUGACAUCGAUAACGAAGCCAAACGGUCGUCUAGAACUAGCUACCCUCGGAUCUGUAUUGUCUCCAAUCAAGCAUCACAGCCUUCCCAAAAUUCUUGUACCUGCCGAUCUCAAACUCCCCCUUGCCCCCCACCACCUCCACCUUGCCCACCUUCGUGCAGACCACCUCCUUGUCCACCUCCCCAAUACCGACCACCUCCUCCUCAAUGUCCACCGUCAUGCAGACCACCUCCUUGUCCUCCUCAAUUCCGGCCCCCUCCUCCGCCUUGUCCACCAUCAUGUAGACCACCCCCACCUCCUUGUCCACCAUCAUGUAGACCACCUCCACCUCCUUGUCCAUCUCCUCAAUGCAGACCACCUCCUCCGCCUUGCCCACCAUCAUGUAGACCACCUCCUCCGCCUUGUCCACCAUCAUGUAGACCACCUCCACCUCCUUGUCCAUCUCCUCAAUGUAGACCACCUCCCCCACCUUGCCCUUCUCCUCAAUGCCGACCGCCUCCUCCGCCUUGCCCACCGUCAUGCAGGCCACCUCCCCCUACUUGCCCGCCAUCUUGUAGACCACCUCCUUCUUGCCCACCAGAAUGUAGACCGCCACCCCCACCUUGUCCAUCUCCUCAAUGCAGACCGCCUCCUCCGCCUUGUCCACCAUCAUGCAGACCGCCUCCUACGUGCCCACCACAAUGCAGACCGCCUCCCCCUUGUCCACCACCGUGCAGACCACCGCCUUGCCCACCACCCCCAUGUAGACCUCCUCCUUGUCAACCUCCGCCCUGCCCUCCUCCUUGCCCACCACCCCCAUGUAGACCGCCCCCUUGUCAACCUCCGCCCUGCCCUCCUCCUUGCCCACCACCCCCCUGUAGACCGCCCCCUUGUCAACCUCCCCCCUGUCCUCCUCCUUGUCGACCUCCGCCCUGCCCACCUCAAUGCAGGCCUCCUCCUUGUCCACCCCCAUGCAGACCUCCUCCGUGCAGACCUCCUCCGUGCAGACCUCCUCCUUGUCCACCUCCAUGCAGACCUCCUCCCUGUCAGCCCCCUCCUUGUCCACCUCCAUGCAGACCUCCUCCCUGUCCACCUCCAUGUAGGCCUCCUCCUUGUCCACCGCCUUGUAAAAAAUGCUGCCCGCCUCCCUGUAAACCACCUCCUUGUCCAAAGUGUUGCCCACCCCCACCUUGUAAACCAUGUCCUCCACCACCCUGCUGUAGGCCUUGUCCUCCUCCGUGCCCACCUCCCUGCCCUCCACCACCGUGCAGCAAAUGCUGCAAACCUCCGAUUUUUCCUCCUUGUCCGAGAUACUGCCCCCCCAGGUCUUGCAAGCCGUUUCCCCUUCGGUCUAAGAAUACUUGCAUAAGGAGUUGUUGCCCCCCGCCGCCUUGUUGUCCUCCUCCACCCCCUUGUCCACCGCCUCCUCGUUGUCCUCCGCCGCCUUGUUGUCCUCCUCCACCCCCUUGUCCACUGCCUCCUCGUUGUCCUCCGCCGCCUUGUUGUCCUCCUCCACCCCCUUGUCCACCGCCUCCUCGUUGUCCUCCGCCUCCUUGCUGUCCUCCGCCUCCUUGCUGUCCUCCGCCUCCUUGCUGUCCUUCAUCGGAGAGCGAAGACGAUGAAUCCCCUUUUCAGAAUAAGGAGCCUCCCUCCGAGCCUCCCGGCUCAAUACACGUCCCAUGUGAAUUAUGUGGCAUCCCUCCUUGUGCUACCUUAACUCCUCCGAGUUGCCCGGUAUGCAACCAAUGCAAACGGAAAGAUCCCAAUGCAAAAAAGUCCGACUCCAAAUUACUUUGCAAACCUUGCGACGACCAAGAGGACGAUUCUUCGCCAACUCCUUCAUGUUGUGUUCCUCCAGAUGAGUCCAGAUCCUGCGAAUCCCUAGAAUAUCCCUGCAAGCCUUUGAAGCCUAAAGCAGAGGACCAAGAAGAGAAUUCGUCGGAAUCGUCCCUGACUUGUCCGUCGAAGAAAACGUCUUGUCCAGCGAAACCUCGGCCCUGUCCCGGUGCUUCGAAUAAACCCUGUCCAUCCUACCCUCCAAAGCCCUGUCCUGGUCGCAAAAAAUCGCCUAGAGAUAAUUCGUCGGAAUCGUCACUGACUUGUCCGUCGAAGAAACCUUCGUGUCCGGCCAAGCCCAAGCCCUGUCCUGGUGCCGGGGACAAACCAUGCCCCGCCUACCCUCCAAAGCCCUGUCCUGGUCGCAAAGAAUCGUCUAAAGAUAAUUCGUCGGAAUCGUCUCUGAUUUGUCCGUCGAAGAAACCUUCCUGUCCGGCAAAGCCUAAGCCCUGUCCUGGUGGCGGGGACAAACCAUGCCCCGCCUACCCUCCAAAACCUUGUCCUGGUAGCAAGAAGGAUCGUAAGCGGAAAGAUAAGAGCAGACGUAGAUCCAGUGACGCUGAUGAUGAUGCGCAAGAGAACGAACCUUUACUCAUGCCAAUUUCAAUCACUACUAAAUCACCUCUUCAAGAACCCCAGGCCAAUAGCAAAACGUCCAGCAGAUCGGAAGAUUCUAGCAGAGAACUGCAAACCCAAGAUGAGGUCCCCUCAAUGUCCUCUGGUUCACCAAACAUACCCUCCCCAGACCACGCUAACAGCCACCAAACAAAUGUCCAACUUUAUUUGUGCACUACUGAAAAUCCAGCCCAAGCAAAGCAGACCCAAUCAACGCAACAGAAGAAAUGUGGGUGCAGCAUGGAAACAUGUAAAUGCAACCAGACAGCCACUCACGAAGAGAAAUACAUCCAGUAUCCCGCAUUCAUACAAUGCACAUGCCAAACGGAACCCAAGGAAGAUGCCAAUAUACAGUGCAACUGCAAAGAAAACACUGGGGUUUCUUGUAAAUGCGGGGAAACCCAACAGGACAAGGAAAAUAUGUGCCAAUGCAAGAAAUCCAGCUCCAACUUCUCAUCAAGCACUGAUUCGGGUUCUGGCAGUUUCAUGUCUUGCAUUUGCUGUAAGAAAGAAAAAAUCCUGAAGAAUCUCAUAAACAAAAUUCCCUUAUGCGACCCAUGCCAGGAGGUCAACCAAAAAAAUUUCUACCCCCACCCAUAUUCCAAUCCUCUGCACUCUUGUAUGUGCUACAGCUUGGUGAAUCGAGACGAUUUAUGUAUGUUCAAACAAACCCUAACCGAGCUUGAACGUUUGGACGUAUACCAGCAAUACUGCGAAGUGUUACAAAACUGCAAGUGCUGCAAGAAAUGUGGGUGUAAAUGUAAGUUGCCGAAAAAAUACAAAAACGGGUGCGCAUACUUCUUGAAAUUAGAAGACGAGUGUCCAAAUAAACAUUGCGAGGAGGAGGGAGAAAGUGAUUUCGAUUCUUAUUGUGGGGAAGAAGAAGAGGAAGCCAGCGAAAACUGCCUACCGGAAGUUACAGUAAAAGUUCCUAAUUGUAAAGGUGCUUGUAGUAGAAAGAACAAGAAUGGUGAAGGGCGUGGUGCUAAGAAGUAUACAAGCUGCCCUUCCAUUCAGAAUUAUUUGUGUACAAUGAAGCCUGAGUUUGUAGCCAGGGCAGAGCGAAGACGUCGCAUUUUGAGGGAUGCUACUUACCAAAGGGAAGAAAAUUCUGAAAACAGAAAGUUGAAUUUCAUAGACAAAAUUAAUUAUUUGAAGCAGAAAAGGAAAAACGAAGUUUGUAGUGAGAGCAAUAUUCCUAAACCUUGUGGUUACCAGGCGAAUACGUAUUGUGUUUUUGAUAUUGAAUUGAACGAGUCUCCAAAAAAAUAUCGGCCAAGAGUGUUCAAAAAUUUCAAAGAAAUGAAAGAUUUGACUAAACGACAUUAUCUCCAUUUGACGGAGGUUAAAAGCAAAAAGAAUUUACACAAAGAAAAAAGACUGAAGGAAGCAAAUAGGCUUCUUGCCAAUACUUUCACUAGGAGAUUACAAAGGAGUACUCUUAGGGGUAAUGUUGACAUUCCUCUCAACGUGAAAGUUGUAUCUUUUUAAUAAACUCAAUUUAUAAAUAUUUAUAUAAUAUAUCUUUUUGAUGAAUGAUUAUAUUUAUAAUGUUUGCCAAAAUAAAAAAAAUUAUUUUGUA